AUGGUACCACCAGCUUUGAAUCACCGUAAUACUUCUAGCUAUAGUACUAUGAUUGAUGAAGAAGAUGCAUUUGAAAAAUUGAAUGGAUCAUAUGGCAGUUUAAACUCUGAUAAAAGAAAUAAAACGGUUGCUUUCCAAGAUUUAGCUCCAGAAUACCCACCAAAUAUUUAUAGUCCAGGUAAAACCAAUCAUUUAAUGAAUGACUUUGAAAUGGAUAAUAUGGAGCCACUUGAAGAAGGCUCAAGACCAAUGAGACCAUAUUCUACCUAUUUCAAUGGGGAAGACUAUAUGAUCAAUCCAUUAGAAGAUGCUGAUGGAAGUGAUGAUUUUGAUCCCUUUGGAGAUGAUGAUUCAUUAUUUUCAGAUACAGGAGAAGAAAUUAUGAGAAGAGGAACUACAAUCAAAAGAUUAAAUAGGAAAAACACCAUGCAAAGUCAUAAAACAAAAGCUACCGGAACCUCUUCAGCGCUUGAAAACGAUGAUGAUGAAUUUUUAGGCUAUGGGGAAGAAGAUGAUGAAGAUGAUGAUUUCAAACCAAAAUUAAAUUACACCAAAACCAUUAAAAAGGCAAAAUUAGUUGAUGGGAAUUAUGUAAUUGAUGCUCCAGUCCCACAAGCUUUAUUAGAUACCUAUGGUAAAAAAAUUAGCGAUGGAGGAAGAGAAAUGUCAUUUAUGAGAUAUACAGCAGCCACAUGUGGACCAUCAAAUUUUCAAGCUUUCAAAUAUAAUAUCAGACAAGCAUUAUAUUCACCACCACGUCAAACUGAAAUUUUAGUUUGUAUUACUAUGUAUAAUGAAGAUGAAAUAUUAUUAGCAAGAACAUUGAAAGGGGUUUUCAAUAAUAUUAAAAAUUUAACUAAUAGAUCCGAUCCAUGUUGGGGAGAAGAUUCUUGGAAAAAAAUCACUGUUUGUAUAAUCAAUGAUGGUAGAGCACAAUUAAAUAAGAGAUCAGAAAAAUUAUUAAGUGCAUUAGGUGUUUAUCAAGAAGGAUAUGCUAAAUCCAAAAUUAAUGAUAAAGAUGUUAAAGCACAUAUUUAUGAAUACACUUCAACUGUUGGAAUUGAUGUUGUUAAUGAUCGAGUUCAUUUAGGACCAAAUUCCAAUCCGGUUCAAUUUUUAUUCUGUUUAAAAGAAAAGAAUUCAAGAAAAAUUAAUUCCCAUAGAUGGUGUUUCCAAUCAUUUUGUCCAAUUUUGAAUCCAAAAGUUGUUAUGUUAUUAGAUUGUGGUACUCAACCAUCUAAAGAUGCAUUUUAUCAUUUAUGGAGAUCAUUCCACGAUCCAAAUGUUGCUGGUGCAUGUGGAGAAAUGAGAGCCUCAUUAGGACCAGGAAGAAAAUUAUUGGGUAAUCCACUUGUUGCAGCACAAAAUUUUGAAUAUAAAAUCUCCAAUAUUUUAGAUAAACCCAUGGAAUCAGUUUUUGGAUUUAUUUCAGUGUUACCGGGGGCAUUUUCAGCAUAUAGGUACGAAGCCUUACUUAAUGUUGAUGGAGAAGGACCAUUAGAAAAAUAUUUCAAGGGGGAAUUUUUACAUAAUGAUACCCAGGUUAAUAAUGAAGAAGAUGAUGAACGACAAUUAAAGGAACGUAAUUUCCGUCAAGCCGGGAUUUUCACCUCGAAUAUGUAUUUAGCAGAAGAUCGUAUUUUAUGUUUUGAAUUAGUUGCUAAAAAGAAGCAUAAUUAUAUUUUGAGAUAUGUUAAUGAAGCUAAAGCCGAAACUGAUGUACCGGAAAAACUUGAUGAAUUUGUAUUACAAAGAAGAAGAUGGUUAAACGGGUCACUUUUCGCUGCUGGAUAUGCGGUAUUCCAUUGGACUAAGAUUUGGAAAUCUAAUCAUUCCUUAAUACGUAAAAUGGUGUUACAAAUUGAAUUUUAUUAUCAAUUUAUUACAUUAUUAGUUUCAUGGUUUUCAAUUGCAUCAUUUUUCUUAGUUUUCCGAAUUUUAACCAAGAAUUUGGGUGCAAAAGAUAUGAAUUUUGGAGUUGGGAAAUAUUUGGCGGUUAUAACGUUGUGGAUUUAUGUUGGAGCGGUUGUUUGUACUUUUGUUUUAGGUUUUGGUAAUACUCCCAGAGGAACCAAAAAGUUUUAUACGGUUAUAGCGGUUUGUUUUGCAAUUUUAAUGUGUUAUAUUAUGUUUGCUACGAUUUUUUUGGCGGUACAUACUGUUCAAGAUCAAUUACAUGAACAUAAAGAUAAUUUAACUGCAAUUAUGGUUUUCACUGAUCGAAAAUUCCGAGAUUUGGUUGUUUCAUUAGCAUCUACUUAUACCCUUUAUUUUGCCGGAGCAUUUAUGUAUGGAGAACCAAGUUUUAUGUUUACUUCGUUUAUUCAAUAUAUCUUAUUAUCCCCAUCCUAUAUUAACAUUUUGAAUAUUUACUCCUUUUGUAAUAUUCAUGAUGUUUCUUGGGGUACCAAAGGAGAAGAAAAAGUUAAGGAUUUAGGUAGUGCUAAAUCAACUAGUGAAGAUAAUAUUGUUAUGAUUGCCCCCGGAUUACAAGAAGAAUUAAAUGAAUCUUAUUUAAAUACGUUGGAAAGCUUGAGACAAGCUCCUGAAGUGGUUAUUCCAAUAAAUAACAAAAAGAAUCACGAUGAUUCUUAUUAUGCAUUAGUGAGAACCUUGACGGUAUUGGUUUGGAUGUUAACCAAUGCAAUUUUAAUUGCAAUUGUAUUAGAAGCCGGUGGAGUUGACACCUUAACCAAUUCCGAUUCUGAAAGUUUGAGUGGGAAUUCCGAAAUCUUCUUAUCAAUCAUUUUAUGGAUUGUGGCUGCAUUGGCCCUCUUCAGAUUUAUCGGAAGUACCCUCUACUUAAUUUUCAAAGUUAUGAGACCGUUGAAAUGGAAAUUGAGAAGCAAAAAAUUACUCUCUAAAGCGAAAAAUAAUAACUAA